AUGAAGAGCUUCACGAUUCUCGCGACGGCGUCGGCAUUGGCGGUGGCCAAUGCCGACGAAUACUUCACCGGCGACGCCACCGCCUACACUUUGGGGCAGACAAGUGCCGGCAAUUGCAACAUGAUGUCAGCUUUGGACUUCGCUACGACGGACUACGCCGCGCUCAAUGACAAGCAAUGGGACGGACUCCAGAACUGCGGCCGCUGUGCCGAAGUGUCGUGCGACGACGACCGCUGUGCCGACAGGUCCACGUCGGUGGUUGUGCAGAUCUUGGAUCGCUGCCCCGAGUGCGCGUACGGCGAUCUGGACCUGUCACCGUCGGUGUUCACUACUCUGACGGGCUCGACGCCGUCUCGGUACACCAUCAAGUGGAAGUUCGUGGACUGCCCCGUGUCGGGGAACGUCAACUACUGCCUCAAGGGCGGCAGCAACAACUACUGGACGGCGGUGCAGCCGACCAACUUCGCCACGGGCGUCAAGAGUCUGCAGAUCAACGGCCAGGACACGACCAUGCUCGGCUCGGCCUACUACUACCUGCUUGAUGGCGCUAGUCAAACCCAGACGGACCUCACCAGUGUGACCGUUUCCAUGACGGACGUGAACGGCAACUCAAUCGAGGACACGGUGUCGCUCACGGCUGACUCGUGCACGGAAGGCUCCAACCAGUUCCCCUCGGGCGGAUCGCCUGUCCAGCAGAGUACGCCGACUUACGCCAAACCGGCGGCCACGACUGCGGCUCCGACGAAGGCACCGACUCAAGCGCCUACACAGGCACCGACAUCGGCACCGACACCGUCACCCACGCCGACACCCACGCCGACGCCUACGCAGACGCCUUCACCCACCACGGUGCGUCCUGCUACUGAUUCUCCUGCCACUACUGCCCCGUCCUAUCAACAGCAAGAGAUCUUACCCACUCCUGUUCCUGUGUCUACCACCGCGACGCCCACCACGGCCCCAUCAACUACUGUUCCGACUGCCCCACCGACUACCGCUCCGGUAACAACCACUCCUGAAUCUGCUAUUACUCAGGACUCGGAGACUGCCAGCGGAAGCGAUGCCAUCCAGAAGACCACUCAGCAGCUUUUCAACGUGACGGGAACGGUCGAGCCUGAGGCCACGGCUGCCCCUACGAAGUCGACCAAGUCGUCCAAGACGUCAAGCAAUACCCCCACGACUUCAACUGACGAUGACUACACUCAACAGCAGACGCAGCAGAAGGUGGGUGUGCCCGCGGCGACCACGGCUGCUCCGUCGACGGGCACCGAGCAGCAGACCACUGACAGCCAGGGCGACGAUGACGAGGCCCAGCAGGCCAACACCAAGUCUGGCGAGACGUCGAGCGGCACUGACCCGGUAAUCAUCAUUCUGUCUUCAAUGGGCGCUAUCGGCCUCGUGGCCCUUAUCGUCGUUGUGGUGGUCGCCAAGAGGAAGAACAUCCAGGAGCAAAAGGCUCGCGACUUCGAGGCCCCCUCCAUGGUGAGCGUGCAGUCCUUCGACGUGCAGAACACUCCUUCCGACCGGAGACAGGCGUUCGGCAUCCUCUAGGUUUGUCGACAACCCAUAGUCUUGGUGUGAAGAAGAAGCUAUGACUUCCAUCAGUUUUUUAUUCGUGAAGAAUCAAGUUCAGUCCCUAGGU